AGUGUUGUUAUGUAUAGCAUAUAGCAGCUUCAACACGAGACACUGCGCGCCAUGUCCUCUCCUUUCGUUGUUUAAUUAUCAUGAAGUUCCACGACCAUUCUUCUACAGAAACCCUAGCCAUCUCCAAACACAUCAGUUAGAACUCCCACAUGUCUCAUUAGAUUUACGAUACUCUGCACACCCAAUUGGUCUCUUCGUAAACCCGGCUCUCCGGCUAGUGUAGAUCGAAGUCAUGUUAACGACAGCACCGUACCUGCGCAUCCGGCGCCCGUCCCCAACAACAGUCGAGUUCAUCGUGUCGACCCUCCCGCCGCAGACGUUACCGCUACGCCUUGCCCUCGGGGCCGUAUACUUCGUGCGUCUACUACUCGCUCUCGCCAUCCUGCUCAUGGUGUACGCGGCUCAGAGCUCGUACUGCUCGACAACGCCCAUCCAGCCGCUACUACUACCGUCGAUGAAGACAUCAGUGACGAAUAUACAAUCGAAUUAUACCACAACAGGCGCUGCCGCCGCAGGCACUCCCGUCGACGCCCUCGCUACCACACCUAUCUUCUCCCUCGCCUUCGUCCAGCAGACCCUCGACGUACUACUAUCCUCUCGCCUAGGAUCUCUCCUUUCUAAGCUCGCGCACUCCAUACCCCCGUGGAUCUUAAUCCCCUGCUCCAUAGGGACACUAUACCUCCUCUCGCUACGCAUCGGCGCAGAGGAGCGACUCCUAGUCCUCCGGGGUCUAGGCGUGCAGACAAGCUCAAGCGGCGCGACGGUGUUUUCCGCGCUCAAGACGCGCUUCAUCCCCACCGACAAGAUCCAGGACAUCCUGAUCAACGAGGCCUUCCGCGGCUUCGAGGUCCGGCACUACCUGAUCGUCAUCGUCGAAGGCGAGGAGCACAUCGUCGUCGUGUUCCCGCAGCUGCUCCCGCGACCGCGUAUCUUGGAGAAGGUGUGGAAGGGCGCGAGGGAGUGUCUUUACGGACGGGAUGGAGAGGACGAGAAAGAAGAGAGGAGGUCUAAGGGGGACGGCACGACUUAGGAGAACGAUGAGUUGUCUCCCCGUGAGCCGCCGCCGCAGCUGCGUCAUAGACAUGGAUAUGGAAUUGGGGACUCGUGGAUAGUGGUUUAGGCCUGGUUUGUUUGAUUGGCGUAUGGCUACAAUGGAUGGCGUGGAGUUUUGACUCAUGGAAUAUGAUACCCCGAGAGCGUUGCGUAGCUUAAGUGUCUGCAAUAUAGCGAUGUGUUAUGUUACGUUUUUCUCCUUUUAUU